AUGGCGUCUAAUCAAAGGUUUACUGUUGAAGAGGCUUUGGAUACUAUUUUUGGCGACAGUGACUCUGAAAUGGAAGAAGAAGCAAGUGGUUCAGAAAGCGAAAGCGCCAGUGACACUGAAAUCAACAUGGAAUCGGCUUCUGAAGGUCAAAUGGAGAAUAGCAUUGAUGAUUUCGACACAGACAUGUCAGCCGACGAGGAAAAUUUGCAGCGAGCACGAGGAGCUAGACGUGGUAUCACUCGUGAGCGAGAAAUAGAGUGGGAAUUUUACGAGGAUAUUGAUCCGUUCGAGUCCACAUGGCUUCAAAAUUUUGACAAAUGGCCGGGAAUACUUGUUGAUGCAUCUAAUUAUGUCCCAGUCGACUUUUUUUAUCUCUUCUUCCCAAAUGAAGCUUUUGAACUGAUUUCAAGGGAGAAAAACAGGUAUGCACAACAGUAUUUAGAUACGCCUGCUGAUUUUAAGCCUUGUUCUCGUUUUCGAGCCUGGAAAGACACAUCUCCUAAUGAAAUAAAAGCCUUUUUCGCUUUGCAAAUUGCAAUGGGGCUUUGCCAGAAACCAGCCCAUGCUGAUUAUUGGAGUGGAUUUUGGUUGACAGCCCUGCCAUUUUCAUCUGUGAUGUCACGCAACAGGUUUGAACUGUUACAAGCAUUUCUGCAUUUUAACAAUAUUGACAACCAAAUUGCCAGGGGUGAAGAAGGUUACAAUCCUUUAUUCAAGAUUCAACCUUUGUUGGACAUAGUCAACCCAACUUAUGAAAAGUGGUAUCAGCCAGCACGUGACCUUUCCUUGGAUGAAAGUAUGGUCAAAUUCAAGGGGAGACUAUUUUUUCGGCAGUACCUUCCAGCCAAGCCCACAAGGUGGGGGAUCAAGCAGUUUGUGCUUGCUGAGGCAAAAACUGGCUAUUGCCUGAGGUCCAUUGUCUACACUGGCAAAGCAUCAUUUCCUCAAUAUAAAGGGGUCAGCCUUUCGAAACAGGUUGUUUUGUCAUUAGUGCAAGGAUACGAGGACAAGGGCCACAUUGUUUACAUGGACAAUUAUUAUUCUGCUCCAUCUCUAUUCAAGAAAUUGGAGCAAGAGAACAUUGGUGCCUGUGGAACUGUGAAAGUAAAUCGGAAACAAAUGCCAAAAGAGCUCUUGCCAUCAAGAUUGUCUCUAAAAAAGGGAGAACCGCCUGUUUUUAUGCGUUCAGAUAAUCUUGUUGCCUGUGCAUGGCAAGACACAAAACGUGUUACCUUUUUGAGUACUGUUGAGAAUAAUUUGACAGUAGACAAGGCUGUUAGAAGUAAGAAUGGGGAAGGGGGUUAUAGGGAAGUUGAAAAGCCAGUAAUUGCUGAUCGAUACAAUUCAAACAUGGGUGGGGUCGACACCCUUGACCAAAUGCUAGGCACAUACCAAUUUCCUCACAAGUGUGUCAAAUGGUAUCAUACCCUUUUCCAUAGGGCCAGGGAAAUUGCCCUCGUAAAUGGGUUUAUUCUUUACAAGAAGGCAAACUCCACUAAAAGAGUUAACCCUAAAAAGUUUAGAGAGCAAGAAAUAACUGGGCUUUUGAGGGACUGGAACCCGCCUCAGCCUCAAAAUGGGAGGCCCUCAGAUACCCCAGACCCUCUAAGACUUACUGGACGCCAUUUCCUAGGAAAAAAUGAGAACCCCAAGCAAAAACUUGAUUGA